AUUGCCUAAAACUAAAUUGUGAAUGUGAUAAAGACCCCAUCCUGGCAAACCUAAGGCUGCUGUGAUAAUGAAAGCGCUGGGCAGAAUUUCGUACCACAUUUUCACAAAUUAUCGGACUAAGCAAAGUAGCAACAAUUUCGUAAUUCGAAUGACAGUAAACUGUGUAUUACCAGAGUCACUACCAAAAUCCUCCCAGCUGAUAGCAAAGUGUGACCAAAUAAUGAAUAAUGCAGUUAUCGGGUCAUCAAAAAUGGCAGACGCACCGAUCGACUGUGAUUUCCCCGUUUGGGGAUUAAUGCCGAAAAAAGAAACGGGAGUUGUAUCGUUUAUCACCAAAAAUCCAAUUUAUGAUGGAAGAGAUACCGUUAUUGCUAUUUUCGAUUCCGGCGUCGACCCAGCGGCUGCUGGACUUACGGUAACAAGUACGGGUGAAACGAAGGUAAUUGAGAGGUACGACUGCAGUGGCUGCGGCGAUGUAGACACUAGUACUAUCAUUAAAAAAGUCUCCGAAGGGUGCAUUACCGGUCUCACGGGCCGCAAACUGAAGAUCCCAGAAAAAUGGAAGAAUCCAUCAGGGACAUGGAGAGUGGGUAUCCUACACCCAUUCAGUAUAUACCCAACAAAACUGAAGGAGCGCAUGCAAGAGCAUCGCAAGGAACAUAGCUGGGACAUCGGGUACAAGCCAGCUUUCGCUGAAGCUAACAAGAAUUUGCAAGAUUUUGAAACUGAUGUUGUGGCCAAGAAUCCAGUAUUGAGCCCGGAGGACAAAAUCCAAAAGGAGGAGUUAGAAGCCAGGGUGGAAGUUUUGCAGACUGCAGAGAAGAAGUACAAUGAUGUCGGACCUACAUAUGACUGUGUGUUGUUCCAUGAUGGAACUGUCUGGAGAGCAUGCAUUGACACUUCAGAAUGCGGCGACCUGGCCUCAGGUCCGUUCCUGGGCGAGUACAGCGUUACCCAAGAACACACGCACCUCACGCCCUUUGACGAGAUGACUAUCAGCAUCAAUGUCCAUGAUGAAGGACAAACUCUUGAGGUCGUUGGCAUGUGCUCAACCCACGGCACCCACGUAGCGGCGAUUGCAUCAGGCUACUUCCCCGAUGAACCGGAGCGUAAUGGCGUGGCCCCCGGUGCUAAGAUCGUCUCCCUCACCAUCGGAGACAGUCGCCUGGGGUCCAUGGAAACUGGCACGGCACUCGUGCGAGCUUGCAUUAAGGUCAUGGAACUGUCCAAGAAAAUGAAGAUUGAUGUUAUUAAUAUGAGCUACGGAGAACAUGCGCAUUGGUCUAAUGCUGGUCGUAUUGGCGACAUAAUCUGCGAGGUAGUGAACCGUUACAACGUGUCGUGGGUAGUGUCGGCCGGGAACCAUGGGCCCGCGCUCUGCACCGUCGGGGCCCCGCCAGACAUUGCACAGCCUAUACUUAUUGGAGUAGGUGCGUACGUGUCCCCGGAGAUGAUGUCUGCGGCGUACUCGAUGCGGGCCCGGCUGAGCGGCGGCGCAUUCAGCUGGUCGUCGCGCGGGCCGGCGGCCGACGGCGCCAGCGGACUCACCGUCUGCGCGCCCGGCGGGGCCGUGGCCGCCGUCGCCAGAUUCACUCUAAGAAAUUGUCAGUUAAUGAACGGAACAUCGAUGGCAGCACCACACGUUGCGGGUGCAGUCGCAAUGCUCGUCUCAGGACUGAAGGCAAAAAACCUCGCAUACUCUCCGUACUCCAUCAAGCGUGCGUUAGAGAACUCUGCUACUUACUUGUCACACGUCGAGCCCUGGGCACAGGGCUGUGGACUGCUCAAUGUUGAGAAGGCCUUCGACCUGCUGGGCGAGUACUCAAGCGCUCCAGAACGUGACGUGACCUUCAGUAUCCAGUGCGGACCCAGCAAUGCCAAGGGAAUACUACUGAGGCCGCGGGUCGACGACGUACCCAAGGACAUCGGCAUCACUGUCGAACCACACUUCCUACAGGACCAUAACGACAUGGAGAACAAGUCAGUAAUUCCGAAGCAGAUAGCGUUCGGUAUGAGACUGGCUCUGUCCUGCGACGCGGCCUGGCUGUCGUGUCCGCAGUACUUGGACAUGAUGAACGCGGCCAGGCCUUGGACUGUACGCAUCGAUACUACUGGACUUAAACCUGGACCACAUUUUACUAGAAAAUUUACAAAUUACGCCAUUGUGUUACACUAUGUAGACAACAUGAUUAAGGUAACAUCUGCAAAGCGGCUCUGUUGGGAGUCCCAAAUGGUCUAUCGAAAGUUAUUAGGAGACAAUAUCGUGGCGUACGACGUGUCGGCGGUGUCGAGGGGCCCGGUGUUCCGCGUCCCGGUGUCGGUGUUCCAGCCGGAGCCGCUGUCGCUGGCCAGCGCCGCGCCGCCCGCGCUCGCCGCCAGGGACGUACUGUUCCAACCGGCCACCAUCGUUCGCCACUUCGUUAUAGUCCCACCUGAAGCGACGUGGGGCGUCCUAAAGAUCUCAACAGAAGAUAAAGAAAAGACUGGUAGAUUUUUAAUACACACAAUGCAGUUAUUGCCUAAGAAGAGUUGCAGAUGUCACGAGACACAGAAGAUGAUUAAUGUUACUGCAGAAGCACCCACAGUGUUACCCUUCCAAGUUGUUGGCGGCGUAACACUAGAAGUAGUAAUAGCGAAGUACUGGGCCAACAUCGGCGACCUGGUGACGUCGUACAGCGUGGAGUUCCACGGCCUGCAGCCAGACUUCGGCAACAAGCUCGUCAUCAGCGCCGCCGACGGAGUCCGCGCCGUCACCCUGCGCGCGCUGCGCCUGCAGGACGUACAGCCCACGGCGCAGCUCAAGUACCUGGAGCCGGCCGUCAGGCCGUCAGAAUCGAAAAUCACCCCGUUAACAGCUCGUGAUGUAAUUCCGCCCAGUCGACAGAUAUAUCAACUAGUCAAUACUUAUAAUUUCCACAUUGCUAAGGCCACAGAGGUGUCACCAAUAAUAUCAUUACUGUGCGACAUGUUGUAUGAGUCGGAGUUCGAGUCCCAAAUGUGGAUGUUGUACAAUAGUUGUAAACAACUCAUGGCUACUGGCGAUGCUUAUCCUUCUAAGUACUCCGUGAAGCUGGAGAAGGGCGAGUACACGCUGCGGCUGAACGUCCGCCACGACAGCCGCGCGCUGCUGGACCGCCUGCAGGACCUGCCCGCGCUCAUACAGCAGCGCCUGCCCGCGCCCAUCGCGCUCGACGCAUUGACAGGUGGCAAGAAAUACAAUUCAGGAUCAUUAGCAAGUGGGAACCUUCUACCUCUUUAUUUCACAACUAUACCUGCAGAUAAACUGAGCCGGUCGUCGCUGUCGGUGGGCGUGUCGCUGUCGGGCAGCGUGUCGUUCGCGCGCGAGGAGGGCGCGCGCCGCGUGGCGACCUACCCGCUGCAGUACGUGCCGCUGGACGCGCCGCGCCGGGCGCCCGCCGCGCGCGACAAGGACAAGCCCAAGCACGACGACUACAUGGACGCCUACAAGGACUUCACCACCGGCUGGCUCGCCAAGCUAGAAGGCGACAAGUUAGAACAUGUUUAUGAAGAGUUAGUAGAGAAGUUCCCAGGCUACUUAGGGGCGCACAUCUCAUAUCUAAAUGCACUCGACUCACCUACUGAUACCAAGAAACUACCUCAUGCGAAUGAAGACCCCGAUGUUACGACAGCGUGGUGCGAACAGAUGAUUACUAUUGCUGAAAAGGUUAUAAAGGCUAUUGACCAGGACAAGUUGUUAGCCUACCUCGGCAUGAAGAACGAUACUAGGAGUGACGCCAGUAAGAUUAAGCAGGAGCAAGAGAAGCAGCGCGGCUACCUGGUGGAGGCGCUGUCGCGGCGCGGCACGGCGCUGUGUCGCGUGCGGGCACUGUCCCGCGGGGCGGCCGCCGGGGACGCGCUGCGGGACAACAUGCAGGACCUGCUCAAGUACACCGACCUCACGGACGCCAAGGCGAUUCACUACGGCGUAUGGCACUGCUUUACAUUCAAGCAAUGGGGCCGAGCCAUCAAGUUGCUCACGAAGAUACAAGAGGAACGUCCUUCCAAGGAAGUGGAGGAGAGGCUCAUAGAGGCAUACCAACAACUCGGGUGGGACUUCUAUGCCAAGGCCGCGCAAGGCGCCAUACCUAUUAAGUACCCAGCCAACUAUAGACCAUUUUAAGCAUAUGAUAGUCUGACCAUACACAGGGCAAGUUUCAAUUUGUACUGAGAGAUUUUUAAUGUUAGAAUUACGGGUAAAUAUAGAAAAAAGUUUUGCUUGACUUAUAUUUCACGAAAUAUUUAUUGACUCUUGUCUUCUUACAGCACGGUUUUAUACAGUUUCAUGUAAAACAGUCUUCGUAGUAAAUUCUUUCUUUUCUGCUGACAGAACUUUUAAUUACUAUUUUUUACACUGUCUUACAAAUUAUUUUUCUUGAGGACAUCAUAUACGGGUAUAAUAUGUCCCAAGUCUUGUGAAUAGUUUUCUCCAGGGGAUAAUAUUUGGUCAUUUCUAUCAGUACACAUUGAAACUACAAAAUAUUUAUAAACAAAGUUAUGCUUAAAGUUUAAAGCAGUUUGCUUCGCGAAAGUUUGUACCGUACACGUUGUGGAUUUGGAACAUACUGUUGUUUUAUAUCGCAAGUAUAUUCAUAAGAAAUAAAAAUAAUAACAAACUUAUUAUAAUGCCCCGUUUUGAUUGAAAUACAGUUUUAUAAUGUUCUUAGAAAUUUUAUAUGAAGACGCGAAUAGUCAACGAUUGUAUUGUUGCAAACAAGUUCAAAAUGAAAAUUCUAGACUGUUAAUUCUUCCUAGCUAAACUUUUAAUAUUGUUACCUCAAUUAAUUCGUUGUCUUCCCCUGUCUUUCCAAGGAUUCAAUGAAUUAAUUUGUGUUCACAUGCAAUUUUAAACUGCAUGUUUAUCUUAUCGUUUACUUGUUAACAAAAUGUUUAAAGUCUGCUACAAUGCAAUAGUAAAGUACAUAGACAGGUUGCUUACGCGGCAACAAGUCGACACUGUUGUUCAAUUACAUAUUCUUAUCAUAUAGACAAUACAUUUUAUGUCUACUCAAAUCUAUAGAAGAUAAUAGAAACAAUAUAAAUUAUGUCCUUUUAAAGUUUUAGAAUGAAUUGAAAUGCGCACUGCCGGAGUGUUAAUAACAUAAAUAAAUAUUUAAAUAAUAUUAGGAGAUUGUUUUAGUGACAUAAGCUUGGAUCGUGGGCACUGUGCCCAAAGCUGGGCAAGCUUACAUGCUUGAAAGACCAAGGAGUUUUCUAUUGAUUGACGUAGAAAGGAGUUACUGAUUCAUUGAGUAAGUAUUAAUUAUAUUAUUUAAUUUUUAUAAUGUAAGUUACAUGAAGGUAUCUCAAUAAUAUUACUUGCCUCAUUUAAUUAUUGCAUUUAAAUGUAUGUGCAUACAGUCCAAUUUAGAAAUGCAAAGCUUUUAUACAUUUUUGUACCAAGUUAUUGUUAGUAAUGAAUAGAAGAUUCCUUAGUCAAAUUGUAUGUUAACAAUAGUCGGUCGUUUGUGUUAAAUAAGCCAUUUUAUAGUUUUAAUUUUUAAUACAAAUUGUAAUGACAGGGUGCUCUAUGUUGUGCUCAAAAUAGUUCAAUGUUUUAAUGGACACAUGAUUACAAUGUUAAAUAUAUUUAUUAUUUGUGCCCAGAACGUCAAGUGAAUUUAUUUACUGUAGAUACAUGAGUAUCUGGGGAUGUACCGUCUUAAUGAAAUUAAUAUUUAUUAAACAGCGACCGAGAUUAUAAUUUCAGUUCUUGGACUGACGUUUUCUCUCGUUUAGUAUGAAUAUAGUGUAGUAACGGUUCUAGUAUAUUAAUAGUACUUAUGUUAACAGCUUACACAUUGUGUCUGUUUCUCUGUAGAUAUUUCAUAGUCGAAUAUUGGCCAACCGGGUACAAACUCCAACACCAAUUUCUAGGCCAAUGGCCAAUAAGAUAGUUAUAGCAAUAUUAUCUCAAGUACACACAGUUCUAAAUAACCAAAUAAUGCAAUAUUCUAGUUAUAAGUACCACUUUAUAAAGGCUUGAUGAACAGUACACGAGGCGAUCAUAAUAAAUAUAUUCUGGGUGAAUUUAAUGAUGUAUUAAUGAAUUUUUACACGAUUUAUAUAUGAAUUUUUAUGUGGCAUAUUUUAAUAUUGAAAUGGUUGGGUGGUGACAGGAUUUUAAUACGGUAGACAAGUUUGUGACCUCAAUAACACUUCCAUUAACUUUCUUAGGCUUAUAACAGACAAAAAUAAAAGAUUGAUGACAAAAUGCAGAUACAUUUGUCUCUUCGAAGCUAUUCAUUUGUCAUCCAUGGUACAUUUCCUGCUAAACAAAGUUGUCUUCCUCGUACCAUCUCAUGCCUACUUCCGAAGCUGUUAUAUCUAAAGUUAAUAGUAUAAUUCAUUAACUUCUUUGUACAAUAUUUGUUAACCAAAUGACAAAGCAAAAGUUUAACUAGAUAAAUAAAUAUUAUUAUGAAAUGAUGCAAAAUUUUUAUCAGAUGCAAAAUCUACAAUGUUUCGUGAAUUCUCGAUUUUAAUUAUGUGUGUAUAAGUUUACAAGGAGAUUUUUUUAUUUGUAUUUGUACCAAUAAACUGUCGACUUAUAUUUUAUGAGUUGUGUUAUCAAGUUGUUGGUGCAAAAGUUGCGAGUAAGUAAACGCGCUUGACCUGUGACGUAAGGCCACAGGACUUAUUAUAAUGAAUUUGUUGGAUCUAAGGAUGGAGAAAAUAAAUAUUAUUUGAUCACU